CCCCAACGGUUAGAAAUCACUGCAUCUUCCAACCUCCAAAGAAAUUUAUUUCCCCGAAAUCGCCGAACAGCGCGAACAGCGGGCCAGGCGGCGUUUACUUUUUCGUCUCAACAUUCAUAUGCAGCUUCGGCGCCCAGCCGCGCGCUGCCGUGCAUGCACGGGUCCAGGCCAGUGAACAUCAUGGUACAAAUUGCUAGAGAGGUCACGAGGCCCGUGAUAGACCGACCCUAUCUUCGCCCGACUCUCCCGGCGGCAUCUUCGGUCGCCAGGGGGGGGAAGAGAAUAAUCUUUUGCUGCGAUUCAAGAUGCGUCAAAGACGAGCCAUCCCCAAUUCUCGUGCUGGAUCCAUGUUUAUAAGCGUGCUUUCGCGACUGUUUUUGGAGAAAAGGCAGUGUUUUGGCGUUUCUUGAGUUCGUUAGGGGAUAAUGCCAAGUUUGCGACGAUGGAAAUCCAAGCCCUCGUGAGAUAUGAAUACCAAGGAACCAUAUUUCACGGCAAUCUAGUACGAACUAGUGAUUCUGGCUAUCUUGUCGAGCGACUCCACGGAAACCUAGAUGUCGGACUAGAGAGGACAGAUAUCAGAGACACGGUGAUCAAUCUCCUUUGCCCGUUGGAAAAGACCCCCAUCAUCAUGUGCUUGGGGUUAAAUUAUGCCCAAUACGCCAUAAAAUUAAGUCUUCCCGUAUGUGCAUUUCCGAUCAUCUUCACCAAACCGCCAGACGCCCUCGCAGGCCCUCAUGAUCCCAUAAUCGUACACCACGAUGCGCAAGACAAGCUGGACUACGAGGGCGAGCUCUGCGUCAUCAUCGCCCGGGACGUAAAAAACGCGACUCUCUCCAACGCAAUGGACCAUGUCCUCGGAUACGCCGCGGGGAAUGACGUGACCGCUCGCAACUUCCAGCUUCCCGGAGCCUCAGGCGGCCAGUACUCCUACUCCAAGUCUUUUGACGGGUUUGCCCCCAUCGGACCAGCCAUCUGGUCGCCGAAUGUCGUCCCGGAUCCGCAUGAGCUACGAUUUCGCACCAAGGUCAACGGCAAGGUCGUGCAGGAGACGGAGACAUCUGAUAUGAUUUGGUCGGUGGCGCAGGUUAUCGUGCAUCUCUCGCGGGGAACGACGCUGAGGAAGGGGACUGUGGUCAUGAUGGGCACGCCCGGGGGCGUUGGAUACUCGCGCGGUGUCUUUCUGAAACAUGGAGAUGUUGUGACAGUCGAGGUUGAUGGCCUUGGGAAAAUCCAGAACGAAGUUGUUUUCGAGGGAAGUCGUGCAGAGUUCAUAUAGCAAAUAGCCAAGAUAGUGAUUUUUGAUCAGGUGUGAGCUGGUGUUGGGUUUCGAAGCUUUCAUUCAAGACCGACUCCCUUUUUGAAUUCGGCCAGCCAUUCGGG